UACGGAGAGAGGCAAGUAAAGUCCAGUUAAAACAUAAAAGAUGCGGAAGGCAAACAGAUACAAAGGGUAUAGCAAGUAACAACAGAGUGGCAGAUCCGCAAAGCGCAAACGUGAAGAGACAGGGAGAGUGGGAAGAUAGAGUCGCUGGAACGGAUGGGCAAAACAUUGGUUAUGCUACGGCUAGCGAUUGUCAACAUGUCCAACAUGUGUGCCUGGUUUCAGGUUAUGUUUUGAGGAAUAAAAGUUAAUAAAAGGUUCCAUGAUUUCUUUUUCCAUGUUGUUAAAAAGAACGGUUACGUCCAGCUGCAUAAGUCAGCCUGGCGUAUCAUGGGAACUUGCUUCGGAAAAUGCCCAAGUACGGAAAGUUCGAAAAGAGCAUAUCAGACUGAAAGGUCAAAAUACAGCAAGGCAGAAGGGAAUGUUGAGUUUGACUUUCUUGUGGAUGAGAGAAAGGAUCACCGAGAGGAAGCUAAGUGGCCACACUGUAUUUCCUGCUUACUUCCUCUAAGAAGAAAGAAGGUCAGCAAGCAGGUUAUUCUUGAGUUAACUGAUGAUACAUGGACAAGAGCAGAUGAAUAUCAGAGAAGUGAAGAAUCUGGACGAACAAGUGGUGUAAGAACAGGGCCAAAUGCGCAAGCACAACCGUUGGAUGCAAGAUCUCUUUUAAUGCACAAAAGCGUACACCAAAUGGCAACACGAGAUCGUAGUAUUACCUCGUCUACACCUCCUAGCUCACUAGAUUUGGAGUGGGAACAUGAAGGUGUUCUGCCCAUACAUGCUAUGCAUUAUGCUGGAGUUCCAGAGGAAGAUGUUUGUGACUCAAGUGCAACUAAUGGGAAGAAUGGUGCUAGCAGUACAGGAUGGUCCCGUAUAUCUACUCCAGAUUCACUUGAAUGGGACCCUGUUGAGGCUCCCUUGGCUGCCAUGUCUGAAGCUCAGGCAGAACUAGAUGCUGAAACAGAACAACUGCUCACUGAAAUUGAGCGUCUAACUUCAAGAGCCCUCAGGGAAACUGGAGACUGGAGUAGCUGAUUAAUCCUUUAACAUGUCAGAGUCUUGUAAGAUUUAUAGAACUGUUAUGACUGAUUAUGUGUGCAUUUUUGUACACAGAUUUUGUGGUUAACAUGUACAACAUGUUCAACUAAUUACUUGGGUGCUGUUUGAAGAAUAUGCAAACUAUUUUGUCAUUUUCCUGACAUCAUAGGAUAACUUUAAUUUUGUCACAAUUCUAUUGUGAUCAGUUCAUAGAAAAAGAUCACACCUUAUUUUUUUGUAGAAUUAUUUAACUUCUUAGAACACAUGCAUGUCAUUGUAGUAAUAAUUUAUGCUUUUUUUAAAAAAAAAAGGUUUCUUAUAUUGUAAAUUGUUUCUUUACUAUAUCAUUUUAAAUAUUGUUGCAAAACUGCCUCCUUUUUUUAAUUGUACCUUGUGAAAUUUUGCUCGAAAGCUGAAAAAUCUUUGAACAUUUGCUCUGUUUUCUGCUCUGUGCCAGUGUUUCUUUUUCCCCUCCUGAAUGUUAUCAUUUUGUGGUUUAGGUAUCUUUAUGAAAUGACAUGUUCCUUAUCAAACUAAAUUCUUGUAAUAUAACAGUGUUUUAGUGCAUUUUAAGAUGUCAGAUCUUGUGUGCUUUCACAGUGUUUGACAGAAAUUAUCCAGUUUUGAAAUGAUCUCUGUGAGAGGUUACAUUUUUAUAUGUGAUUAUACAUAAUGGACCUAUGAACUGAAACAUGUUGUUUUCUUUUUCUGCUUUUUACGCUUGUUGUCCACACUCUGCCAAGAGAUUUUCAGUAUAGUAAUGUUGUGUGUGUGUGUGUGUGUGUGUGUGUGUGUGUGUGUGUGUGUGUGUGUGUUUUAAGAAUAUGUGAGUUAUUUUCUAUUUGAUAUACAUGUUACUAUUUUUUUCUGUCGUUUCAGAACAUCACAUUGGCAGUUUUUAUUUUUUGCAAGUUUAAUAUUAAAUGCUUAGUUAUGUUUACUGUUGUGAUGGUGAUUUUGUCUUUAUUUAUUCACAGUUUUAGGACUGUCUUUGUAAAUGAUAUAGAUCCAGAUCAUAACAGAUAUUUAAAUUGUAUUACUUAUGGUUUGCUGGAGGUUGUGUGGAUGAAAUUGCCCUCAUUGUAACUAUCUAGAGUAGCAUGGGGGAACAUACAAAAGUAUUGAACAUCUGUUUUUACAUCUCAUUUGUGUAUUUUUUUGUCAUUGUGAUCUUAAACUGAAAAUAUUGUAAUGUAAAAUGAAUAGUUUGGCCUUUCCUUCAAUGCUGAAGUAUCUUUGGGCUGAAAGAACUGUAGAAAAAAAUGUUAUGUCCUGUUGUAGUUAUUGUUUGUGCCUUAUCAUCUUAAUGGUGAUUCUCAAGUUCAUAGACUGUAUCUACAUUAGUUUAUCAGAAAGAGAAUGGUGAGUAGUAUAACUACUGAGUAGCACAAGAUACAGACAUGCAGUUUAUGCCUUCAUUGUUGUAUCAUUAUCAUUUGUUGUUUCGAAACAAAUUCCAAAAGUUCAUGUAUUUUCUAAAUACUUUCAUGAAUUGCCAGUUUAUCUCCUAUUAAAUAGAACAUGCACUUGCAAUCAAAAGAAGGUAUCUUCAUUACUUAUUCUACAACUACUUCUUUUUCGUAAUUGUUUACUCUAUUGUCAGUAAUAUAUGUCAAUCUGUUGUCUGUUCCCACAUUACUAGUCCAAACCACCAAUUCUUUUAUAAAAAUGGAUGAGAUUUGUCUAUUACAUGUUAGCCUUUUGCCUUGCUUGACCACAUUGAGUUGCUAAUAAGUUAUUUGAAAUCUUGUUGUUUUCUUAGAUUAUUUAUUUAUUUAUAUUAUAUAUUCAAGUUGAGUGUACAUAUAUCUGAAAGCAUGGAAUUCCUGUUUUUACACUAAGUAUAUACAAUUUACUGAUUUUUUGGAAAUCUUUGCUACCAUAAGAAUUUCACAUUCAAGAAUAAAAAUACAUUUUACACCUAGUCCUCAGAGUAAGGAAGCAACCUGUCUUCAGACUAGUUUGUUGUGUCUGUGUCAGCUGUGCUACAGCUGUUGCAAAUUUCGUGUCUAGAAUAAUGGUGCUCUUGUGUUGUUGUACAUACCAAAACAAUAGCUCUUUUAUUUUAUAUUUCUCUUUAUCUUGUCUAUGGUUGGAAAACAGUGUAUAUUACACUUGAUUCAUUGCUUGGCAAUGUAAUGAACAGAAAUAUAUCAAUCUGCAGUCAUUAAAAAUUAAUGAUGGAGAAAAUAGUAAUAUUAUGUAGCAGGGUAUGCUAAAUCAAUCCUUAACUGUUUUACAAUCAUCUAAUGUGUCUGUGUGAUACUGGGUUCUGUCGUUUUCAGUGUGGUCUUCACAACUAUGCAAACCCUCCUGCAUGAGUUUCUACAUUAUUUAAAGGAGAGAGAGAGAGCCAUCUGUUUUCUCAACAAUGUCUAGCAUAUGGCUUAACUAAAACUGAUUUUUUUUGCUAUGCGAGUCUUCUAGGCCACAGGUCCUCUCUUGUAGUAUAUAGUCUUCAAUUGUCAUGUUGCAAAAUUACAUCCUUAAACAAUAGUCCAUUUUCUGUGACUUUGUAUCAGGAGUUUUUAAGUAAUUUUUCAGUGAUACACUAUUGCCUUAACGUUAACUCUACAGUAUCUGUAUAGUAUUGCAAUGAGUAAAUUCAAUUAAUGUUGCACCAAACAUGUUUUGAUCAUUCUGGAAAAUUGUAGUUGAUGGCAGAUUAUUUUGGCCUUUCUCCAUAUAGAUUUAUUUUGCAUUGAUUUAAUUGCAUCAUUGUAAGUAGUACUGCCAGAACACACAGUGAUUUUGUUCAUUCUUGCAUACACACACAUCAGUUUGCAGUAAUUUAUUUAUUUAUUCCUCCACGGCAUCUCGCAGUGAUAUAGUGUUUGUCAUCAUAAUACAAUGAAAAUGAAUAGCUCAAAAUAUAAACACACACAGGUUAUAUAAGAAUGCUUUUACGAGGGUAGGACAAGUGGUCCAGCUGUGAUCUUGAUGAAGGAGCCAUCCUGGCAUUUGCCUGAAAUGAUUAAGGAAAACUAUAGGGACCAAAAUCAGGUGGUCAGGCAUUGCAAAUUACAUCUAGCCAGAUGUGAGAUCACUGUCUUAAUGACUGCCUCAUUCAGCUGGUCCCUAUUGUACAAUGUUCUUCGACUUACACACAGUCGAUUUACACACAGUUUGCCCCCAUUUAACGUAUCAUAUAUAACAUAGUUUAGCAGUUCAUUGCGGUACAAUCUACUGACAUCCGCAGGUGACUCCUUGACCAUGAAUGUGCUACUAUGCCACUUAUCCUAACUCCGUUCCCAUAAAAAUGUAACUAAGUCCCAUUCACAUCUUCAUAUCGUUCCCUCAGUUUGUGUGAAAAAAUGAGUCAGUAUCCCCCCCAUGAUGAGAGAUAUUGAGCUCGGGAGACUGAUAAGACAUUAUUGUUUUGCACUAUAUAUCUUGGCAAAUGAUUUUCCUUCACAGCAUUACAUUAUGAUCGUAUAUUGUUGUAUGACAGAGUAAAAAAUACUAUUCCUCUAAGUAAUCUUUAAUUAUGUAAUAUGCAUUACUUAUAAAUUACUUAGCUGCCUUUUUUAAAUAGAUGUAUUUUAAUAAUCAUUUUUAAUCCCAAAGUGGUAAACAUGAGCCAGUAACUGUGCUGUUAAUGCAAAGCAAGACCAAUACAAAGGAUUAGUAAAGGAUCUCCCCUGUCCACUUUUUCAGAGUAAAAACUAGAUUUCAUAUGUUGCAACAUGAAGUUUGUUUAUUUGCUCCAUAAAAGCAUAUUAGAGAGUACCAGUGUUCAGAUAGCUGCCAGGCCAUUAAAAUUCGAGAUUUAGAUUUUUCAUGGUUUCCACAGGUUACUUGAUAUGAGUACCAGUAUGGCUUCUCAGACAAGGCCACAUUUAAUUUUCUUUCCUUACCCUUGUUAAAUUUGAGCUUGUGCACGUCUGUAAUGUGCAUGGUAAUUGUUGGAUGUCUCUUUCUUUUGACCUGGUUAGGGAGUGAAGCCAAAGUUUUAGAGUUAUUAUUCCAUUUCUAGACUUUCUUUUAUGACAUAUAUGCAUCUCCAUAUUGAAUCUUUAUUACUGCAUUAAUUUCAGCAACAUUAUUUCCAUCUCUACUCAAAAAUCACAUAAUAAAGCACUCCAUCUUCAGGCCACAAGUGGCCCAUCGGGACCAUCCAACCGCUGUGUCAUCCUCAGACGAGGAUGCAGAUAGGAGGAGCAGCGUGUGGUCAGCACACCACUCUCCCGGUCAUUAUGAUGGUUUUCUGUAACCAGAGCCGCUAUUGUUUGGUUGAGUAGCUCCUCAAUUGGCAUCACGAGGCUGAGAAAAAUCACACAAUAGAUAGUCUUUUUCUUGUAACUCACAUUUCAAAAGCAAAAUACUUCACUGUUACGUAACAGGGUUUGAACAUCUGUGCUAUCUUAACAUUAACAGGAAUUUCAAUGUACCAUUUCCAGUAAUAUUGACAGCUUAUCCUGAUAAUACAGCUUGACCAAAUGAAUUGUGCACCUCCAGUUUAAAAGCCAAAUUUUGAACUUAUUGUUGCUUCUUGGCUAGUCUAAUUAGUUGCACUAAGCAAUUGAAACUGUGUGCACACAACAGAAGAGUCAUGUGAAGCAGCCACAAUGAAACUGCUCAUUUUAAUUUAUAUUUAUGUCUUUCUGUGUCAAUACCUGGCUUUUUUUCCCUUUCUUUGCAAAAAAGACGAAAAAUACUAACUGAAAUGUGAUUUCUAUUGCUAUAUUUUAUAUUGUUACUUAGUAACCUAAUAGUUCUAUCACCUUGGAAGCUGUUGGCCAGUUUUCAGCUGUAGUCUAGGUGGUGGCCCUAACAAGGUACUGUUAGCAGGUUGGUACACUUCCCACUUCUCCUCCCUCAAAACAUUUGAGAUGAGGCUCCAGGCUUUUGACCGGCCAAGCAGAAUUCAGCUGUAAGAGACAGAAAAAAUCCUAAGAUUGAGCUGGCAUAAACUCUGCACGUAUUUGUAUUUUUGCCCUGGCAAUGAGGCUUUCAGUCACUGAAAAACACCAUUAUAAAAGCAUAUUUUCAUGUAAUUUAUGCUAUCUAGGGCAGCAAACCAUGAAUCUACAUAUACAUAAUUAAACAGUCACCUUUGUCACUUCACUGGUCUUUUAUACUAUGAUAUAAAGUGUUGAUAACAAAUUCUCCACUUUGCUCUUUCACAGUAUAAGAUUUUUGUUGUAGCAGUACUAUGAACAGUUUGUUUGUUGUACUGCUUCCAGAUGAUCAGCAUAAAAUAUUUGCUCUAACAAAAAAUUUACCAUAAAAAUGAACAAGCUAAAUGCUUCAAUAAUGCAAUAUUAAGGAGUAUAAUGUGAUGAGACCAGCUGAGAAUAUAUAAACAAUAAGCAACAUUAAUUAUUAAAUCUCUUGUCAACAUUCCCCUAUCCUAUCCUGUGAAGUGCAGCAUUACAAAUGCUUUUGACCUUCUUUUAAUCUCCAUUAUUCAGAAUGGGGUUUCAGAGGUGUAUUAUUUAGAUUAGAUUUGCUAAUCGAAUGAUAGUAAAUCUAAGUUCAUAGUUGGAUGUUAGUUUUUCUAUUUACUUAAUGGUGCAUUCCUUACACUCACAUCUGGUGGAGACUAAACAGCAAUAUUUAGACAAUGGAAAAGGUCUCUUAGCAUGAUAAAAGACAAAAUUAUGGAUGUUUAAUUCAUCUUGAUGUCUUUUUCCUAAUGCUUUUCUUCUCCCCACCGCCUCCCCACUCUUCCUCCCUACCCUGCCCCUGACCAGACUGUUCUGUUAACUCACAAUGUUUUGUAGUGAUAAAAUGUAUAAUUAUUAAAAAUAAUGGUGGCUGAAUUUCAGUCAGCUGAAAAAGUAUAGCCAUCAGGCCAAGCCUCCUCACACCAGUCUACACAUAGAUGAAAAAAGGCGUAAGCAAUAUUGUACUUCAGCAUUCCAUAGUUAUCAUAUUUACCUAACAUGAAUUAGAUAUUUUUUUAAUUUUUUAGCUUCCAGAAUAUCUUAAUGUUGUACAUAUCAUUGUUUGAUUAGGUGCCUAUUAUUUACAAAAGUGAAGCAUACAGACUGACUAAGAAAUGUUUAACAACCUGAAAAAUAUCGGAAUGUACGUUCAAAGUUAAUUCUAGGAUAUGUGCAGACAAAUGCACUUGUGGAAAAUUAAUUUUUGUAAAUUAUUCAGUUAAUAAUUUCUAUUUUCUUGCCUCAAUCAUAAAUUUGUUUCUGUCUUAUUAAGAUAUAAUCUGUGAAACACAUGCAAGUUAUCUCAAAACAUGUAUUUGUGUAUGAUCUAUUCUUAUUAUGUAGCAGUAAAAUUUUAUUUGACCAUAGACAUUUAUAUUUUUUCUUUCUUAUAUAUUUCAUCUGGUUUAGUAAUUGCAGCAUCAUUACUUCACUUAUUGAAAAUAAUUCUUUCUGAACAUAGCUUUAAUUCUGCAACUGGAGGUACUAAAAUCACAUCACUGGAGACAUUUAAUAUUGACAGAAAUUUAUGAGAGACUUUUUAAAAAAAUGGAAUUUUUCCUAUAUCUAAUAUAUUAACAGAAGUUUUUCUCUUUGUAUGAGAAGGGUACGUUAUCAUAUAGCUAAAUUUUAUUGUAUUAGUUGUGAUGUUUGCAAUAGUCUUUGAGGAAUAAUUUACAGAUAAUUAGAAAAACUAUGUGACAUGUUAUUCCUUGACAAUAUGAAUGAAGCUGAAUCACUAAUUUUAAAACUAUAGUUUGAUAUAAUGUUGGUAUAAUGUAGGUUUCAGAACAUCUUUGAAGUUUUUUAAUUAUAGAAAUGUUGAAAAUAGAAAUAAAAUAUAAAUGUGAGCCCCAAAUAAUGAAUUGUAUUGAAAUAUUGGUUCUGCAGGCACAGAAAAUACAUUACAAAUUUGUACUGAAAUUGUACUGGGACCAAAUAUUUAAACCUGUUAAAAUGUGCCGGAAAUAUUUAUUAAACUUUUCAGUCUCUGUGAAUUUAUAUAUUAUGUGAACACACAAAAUACGAAGCACCUUAUCAUAUGAGUUACAUUAUCUCAAGUUAUUCGCCAGCUAAAAAAAGAGUUUGGGCAGAAUUAAAAGCAUUACCUAAUUUAACUAUUUUAUUUGAUAAUCUAUAAAAAAUUUGUUUCUUAAAGGCCUUCGUAUUGUUCAAGCAAAAUAAACUGAUGAAUUUUAACUGGGCAGUGAUACUAAUGAAAUAUUUUGAGACUGUGUAUUCAGUAAGUAAUAAAAACUUGAGAAAUUGUUAGUUUGAUUCCAUGAAAGAAACAGAGAAAAGAUGUCACUACCAAAGCUUUUAUGUUGUUUUUUUCCUCACUAUAUUUUUUGUAUUACUUAUUAAUUUCUGCCACAUUUGUAGUGUGUGUGUGUGUGUGUGUGUGUGUGUGUGUGUGUGUGUGUGUGUGUGUGUGUGUGUGUGUGAGUGCGCACGCGCGUGUGCAUGAGCUAACUGUUUAACCCAAAUAUUUUAUUUAAUUUCAUUAAAACAGUACAGACUUACUGAAUCAUUUAACUAUUAUUUAUUAUAUAAAUUGCAUGAUAUAUUUCAGCAGUACAUUGCCAUCUUAAGGUGCCUACAAAAGUGUGUUUCAUUGUGUUAAAUGUUGCCAUCUUAUAUGAUUAUGUAAUAUUAUUCCUGACUGUAGGAAAUUUUACGUUCACGUGAAGAACCAUGCCUGUUCAGAUAAUUUGUGUUCAGUAAGAAUCAUUACCUUCGUGCGGUACAAGUUUGUUUGUGCAUGAAAAAAAACUACAGCACUUGACACUGCAAAUUUUUAAUCUUGGCUUUAAUUGGUAACAAAAACAAUUGAGUUGGAAAGCAUGGCUUGUAUCUUUAACAAAGAAAUAUUGCUGAUUUAGUAUGAUAAGCAUUGACGUGUUUAGUGUCGAGUUUAUGAAACACUCUUUGUGUCUGACCUCUGUACGCUUUGCAUGUACCAAAAACAAUUUUGUAUUUGCCUGAGUGGGUGUACUUACUGCCUGUGUGUGUCUGAAUGACAUCUGAAUGAUUCUUGUUUACUAAAUAUAUUGCUUUGUGGUCUAAUUGUGUUUUUAUCUUUGUUGAAGAGCUUUUCAUACAUGGUAAACAGGCAAUUCUUCGUUGUACUGUUACUCUUUAUUUUGUGUAUUAAAGUAUCCACAAAUGUAUCAUUAUGUACAUUUGACUAAUUUUUCUAAGGUCUUUGUGACUACAGGGGACAUUAUUAUCCCUGUUAACAAGUUCUAUUUGUAACAUGGAAAGAAUAAAAUAAUUAUCAAUUUUCA